UACUUCACCCUUUCCCUUCGUUAUAAAUAGUUCCAUGGUCUUCUUCUCUUUGCAUCACUUGGUUCUGUCUUCUCAGCUAUUUUUUCAUUUUAAGAUAAUUAGGACUCUUGAAAUAUAAACGGACGCAGACCAUGUUGCUGAAGUUUGUUCUUGCUUCCUUUGUCUUGUUGAGUUGUAUGAGAGAUGGUAGUGCAGGGAUCACUAGCUCUUUCGUUCGGCCACAGUGGCCAUCAGAGGACAUGCCCGUCGAUAAUGAAGUAUUUGCAAUUCCAAAGGGUUAUAAUGCACCUCAACAAGUGCACAUCACGCAAGGUGAUUAUGAUGGAAAAGCAGUGAUCAUCUCAUGGGUGACACCAGAUGAACCAGGACCUAGCCAUGUACAGUAUGGCACAUCAAAGAGCAGGCUUCGAACUAGUAAAGAAGGCACAGUUGCAAACUACACCUUCUAUAACUACAAGUCUGGCUACAUUCAUCACUGUCUUGUCGAAGGUCUUAAGUAUAACACUAAAUACUACUAUAGAAUUGGAAGUGGUGAUUCAGCUCGAGAUUUUUGGUUCGAAACACCUCCCCCAGUUGGGAUAGAUACUCCCUACAACUUUGGCAUCAUUGGUGAUUUGGGGCAAACGUUUAAUUCUCUUUCAACCCUUGAGCAUUAUUUGGAGAGUGGUGGAGGACAGGCCGUGUUAUAUGUUGGAGAUCUUUCUUAUUCUGAUGAGCAUGAGUUCGAAGAUGUUGGUUUACGGUGGGAUACAUGGGGGCGAUUUGCAGAAAAAAGUGCAGCAUAUCAGCCAUGGUUCUGGAAUGUAGGAAAUCACGAAGUAGAGUUUAUGCCUGAAGUGGGAGAAUUAGUUCCUUUCAAGAACUAUCUUUACCGAUAUACUACUCCCUAUUUGGCGUCCAAUAGCAGCAGCCCCCUCUGGUAUUCAGCGAGGCGUGCAUCUGCUCAUAUAAUCGUGCUAUCCAGCUAUUCUCCAUUUGUGAAGUACACACCUCAAUACAUAUGGCUUAAAAAUGAGCUGGCAAGGGUUGAUAGAAAGAUAACGCCUUGGCUGUUUGUGAUCAUGCACAAGCCGCUCUACAGCAGUAAUGUAGCUCACUAUAUGGAGGGUGAAGCCAUGCGAGCAGUUUUCGAGAGCUGGUUCGUUCAAUACAAAGUUGAUGCCAUCUUUUCAGGACACGUCCAUGCUUAUGAAAGAUCAUAUCGAUACUCCAACAUAGACUACAACAUAACAGGAGGUAGAAGGUAUCCCGUACCAGACCCAUCAGCACCUAUUUACGUAACAAUCGGAGAUGGAGGAAAUCUAGAAGGUCUUGCAUCAAGUUAUUUGGAUCCACAGCCAGAAUAUUCUGCAUUUAGAGAAGCAAGCUAUGGACACGCGACACUGGAGAUUAAAAACAGGACUCAUGCAAUCUAUAACUGGUAUCGCAACGAUGAUGGAAAGAGAGUAGCAGCUGACUCUUUGGUUUUGCUUAACCAGUAUUGGGGAAACAAUAAUGGAAAACAGAGUGCAAGUUAUCGAUGAAGUUGGGCAUUGAAUAGGAAUUUGAAGCAUUCGUAACUGUAAUGCAUUAUAUUCUGUAUUUGGCUUGAAUGCUUCAAUGCUUGUUGUAUUCCACAACGCCACUAUUAAAUAAACGCGCUUUUUGUCUGAGAAAAAAAA